AUGUCCCAGCCAAGGCAAAGCCGGGCUCUUGUCAUCGUCAACACCAAUUUCUGCAGCAGCGACGGUGAUGUGGUGUUUUGGCCCCGGGGAGGAGCCAAGAGAGAAGCGGAGAAGCUUUCCAACAUACUCUCACGGCUCAACUACAAGGUGAAGCUGAUGCAUAACAAGACAGCCAAGGAGAUAGAAGACCUUUACCAGCAAGAGUGCUGCCGCGAGCACGGAGAGUACUUCGUGAGCAUCAUCUCCAGCCACGGAAAGGAGGGGGUCAUAUUCGGUUGCGACUCGGAGCCGGUUAUGCUGACCCGGAUUUUCCAGAUUUUAUCGUCGAAGUGCCCGGUGCUCACCAAAAUACCCAAAAUCUUCUUUAUCCAGGCUUGCCGGGGGAAAGAAUUCGACCAGGGGGUGGUUGUGGAGUGCGACAGCGGGGAGCCCGAGCCAGAGUGCGAGCCAGACUGCUUCUCAGACUACCUCUCCAUCCCUCCUCAAACCGCCGUGAUGUUCGCCUGCAGCCCAGGCUACGUGGCCUUCCUCAACAUCUCCGGAUCCAUGUUCCUCCAGACCCUGCUCAAGGUCCUGGAGGGAGAGGAACGUCACCUGGCCCUCAACCGCCUCAUGACCCGCAUUAACUGGGAGGUGGCCUUUUGCUGCCAGGCCAGGGGCACCUAUGAGGGAUGCAAGGAGAUGCCCUGCUUCGUCACCAACCUGCUGCAGGAGGUCUUCCCCUUCUCGGCGCCCAUCAUGGACGAGGCAGACGGUGUUUGA